AGCGCGCAAGUUGCAAUACUAAUUCGUGAUCGGGAACGCGAUCUUCAAUCGUAGAAGCAACAUCAGGUUUCGAACAAUAGCUAAAAAAAACACCUCCCACAGGGAUCAGUGAUCAUAGCAAUCAGUCAGGAUGGGAAUAACGACGAUUCUAAGCCUUGGGCUGGUUUUGUGCAUCUGGCCACUGCUUGUUUUUAGCCAGAGCAGCUGCGUCACUGAGGACGGAGCAUCAGGUCAGUGCAUUCGCUACCAGGAGUGUCCGUACGUGCAGAGGAUCAUCGACAUCUACGGCCAUAACAUACCACGGAAGAUUUAUAACCAAAUCACUCAGAAGCAGUGCAAAGGCAACACAAAUGAGUUCCAUCUUUGUUGCCCCAAUGAGGCCACACAGCAGUCGUCAUCCAGUCAGCAGUCCCAGAGAAAGGUUGUGCGAUCCGAUGGGGGAAAUCUUAACCGCUACGAUCGGCAGGGAUUGCAACUGCUGAACUCGGUGACCAACUGCGGCAACAAGGGCAAUCCCAAGGUCAGCGGGGGGACGACGGCCAAGCUCGGCGAUUUUCCAUGGGUGGCACUGCUCAAGUACAAGGUCAGCGGUCCGCGGCCCUUCCUCUGCGGCGGCAGUCUCAUCAGCGAGCGCCACAUCCUCACCGCCGCCCACUGCAUCAUCGAGCAGCCGGAAGUAAUUGCAGUCCGUCUGGGCGAACACGACCUGGAGUCGGAGCAGGACUGUCAAAUCCUGGGCGGCACCACUCGCGUCUGCAUACCGCCCUACGAGGAGUUUGGCAUUGAGAAAAUUAGCGUUCAUCCCAGCUACGUACAUGGCCAGAUCAGCCAUGACGUGGCCAUCAUCAAGCUAGACCGUGUGGUCAAGGAAAAGUCGCAUAUCAAGCCCGUCUGCCUGCCGAUCGAUCAGCAGUCCCAAGAGCUGGCCUACGACCAGAGCUUCUUCAUCGCCGGAUGGGGCGGUACCGACAGGGGGACCACUGCCACCAAGCUCCAGCAGGCUUUGGUCACCCGCAAGAGUCUGGACGAGUGCCGGCAGUUCUACAACCAGGAUGAGGUGAGUGACAAUCACAUUUGCGCCACGGGAAACGGGAUCAAGCACACCUGCCAGGGAGAUUCCGGUGGCCCCGUCUUCUUCAAGCACCGGUUCAAGAACACCUACCGCGUGGUCCAGUACGCGGUGAUCUCCUUCGGCGGCAACCGCUGUGGUCAGAACCAGAAUCAGCCCGGAGUCUUUGCGAGCGUCAUCGAUAUGUUGCCCUGGAUCACGCAAAACCUUCAAUAGUCCUACGCCCACUGACACACUUGCUUUAGAAUACAUUACCUUAUUUAUAUCCGUAGUCGUAAGAUCCCUUGUCGUAGAUACUCUAGAGGAUUCCCUAGCUUGUAAGUUUAUUUAAUACAAAAUAUAAGCAGCAUCGAUCAAA